GUGCAACACUCGACUGCUUUUAAAAAAUUUACCAGCGUUCUUCCAUCUCUAUCCCAUACUCUAUACUCCAUACUCAUAUAUAUUCAUGUUGAUCCGUGUUAUGCGCGUCCAUAGUUUGUUCGCCGUCUAUUGUAUGUGUAGUGACACAGGGUCCACAGGGGGUAUCAGUGCGUAAAAAAACGCCAUAUAAAAUAAAACUAAUGAAUAAAUAGUGCAUGAAAAAAAAAAACUAUAACUAAAAAUGUAUUUUAUCAUCAGGGAUUUACAAGUGUGGUGACCGUACGCGACAGAAGUCUUGCUGGUGUGUAUGUGCUAAGUAAUAAGGAGCAAAAAAAGGUCGAGUAAUAGAUUUACAAAAAAAAAGGACGAGAAUGAGGAAGAGGACGAUGGGGAAUUGGGCGCUGGAUCUCGUUAUCGGGAUUAGUGUAGUCCUCGGGUGUAUUGUAAUAACGGGCGGAACAACAGCAGCACUUGAAGUACAGGAAGAGCUUAAACAUCAUGGUAGAUGUGAAGCAAUAACAAUUAAUUUAUGCCUUCAUUUGCCUUACAAUGAAACGAUAAUGCCAAAUUUAUUGAAGCAUCAGAAGCAGGAAGAUGCUGGCCAGGAUAUACAUCAGUAUGCGCCUCUGGUAAAAGUACACUGCAGUCCGGACUUGCGUUUUUUCCUGUGCUUGAUGUAUGCACCAGUUUGCACUAUUCUAGAAAAACCACUGCCGCCUUGUCGGUCUAUUUGCGAACGAGCUAGAGCCGGAUGCGAACGGAUAAUGAGAAACUUUGGGUUCCAAUGGCCACCGAGUCUCGAGUGCUCGAAACUUCCUGAGUACGGGGACCCCAAUGAACUGUGCGUUGGGAAUAACGAGACGUCAUCAUCAUCCAGGUUGUCUACGACAAUCCAACCGCCUCAUAAACUGAGACCUGCUUGGAAUGACGGGCAAAUUCCCUAUGCCGGGAACCCCAUCGCCGUGUCUGAGUAUGAAAAUCGUAAAUUUGUUUGUCCUGUUCAGUUUCACGUACCUGACAGCUACGGGUACUCGUUGAACUUCAAAACAAAACCAAUUCCAAAUUGCGCGGCUCCGUGCAAUGAAAUGUUUUUUACCGAACAAGAAAAACAAUUCGCCCGAGUCUGGAUCGGUACUUGGGCAUCAAUCUGCGCAGCAUCGUGUUUUUUUACAUUCCUCACAUUUCUUAUUGACACCGACAGAUUUAGUAGAUAUCCCGAGAGGCCGAUAAUAUUUUUAUCAGUGUGCUAUCUGAUGGUUGCACUGGUAUACGUUGUGGGUUGGGCUGCAAAAAAUAACAUCGCCUGCAGACAACCUCUCCCACCCCCAGAUAAUAUGCAACAAGUGCAAAUGGUAUCAACGAUAACGCAAGGAACUAAACACGAGCUAUGCACUCUACUAUUUAUGGUACUUUAUUUCUUCGGGAUGGCAUCAAGUAUAUGGUGGGUUAUUCUUACACUCACGUGGUUCUUAGCUGCCGGAUUAAAAUGGGGACACGAAGCUAUUGAAGCUAAUUCACAGUACUUCCAUCUUGCUGCUUGGGCGGCUCCGGCUAUCAAAACAGUCACUAUUUUAGCUAUGGGCAAAGUUGACGGUGAUGUACUGUCCGGAGUGUGCUACGUUGGAAUAUGGAAUGUUGAUGCCCUUCGAGGUUUCGUCUUAGCUCCUCUAUGUGUCUACCUCGUCCUGGGAACGGCUUUCCUUUUAGCUGGAUUCGUCUCACUCUUCCGUAUUCGCACCGUGAUGAAACACGACGGCACCAAAACAGACAAACUUGAAAAACUAAUGAUAAGAAUCGGUAUUUUUUCCGUUUUGUACACCGUCCCAGCGCUGAUUGUCAUCGCCUGUUUAUUUUACGAGCAAGCUUACUUUGAUGACUGGAUGCUGACUUGGCAUGACGACAUGUGCAGAGGACAAUUGACUAAAUCCUACUACUCAAUACCGUGUCCAUUCAGUAAAGGACCACCCGAACCAGUGCGCCCUGAAUUUCCGGUAUUUAUGAUUAAGUAUUUGAUGGCAAUGAUUGUAGGCAUCACUAGCAGCUUUUGGGUCUGGUCUAGCAAAACUCUCACCAGCUGGAGACAGUUUAUAAAUCACAUACGUGGUCGUCGCGUCGAGGCAUACGUUUAAUUAACAAAAAGACUUGCAAUUAUUCAUUUAUGACAAUAUUGAUAUAUUUUCAAUUAAUAUUCUUUUUUUUUUAAAUAUCCACGGCUAUACUUUCGUGAUUAAUUUACUUUAUAUUUAAAUCACCACAACUAUUCAAUUAUUAAUCAUCAAUUACUCAUUAGUUUUAUUUAUUUUUUAUUGAUUAUCUUUAUUAUCAAUUAUUAUUUCAAUCAAAAUCAUUUAACGCACGUGCUGUGAUCGGGUUUCUGUUAAUCUAAAUUAUUAUUAUUAUUAGUCUUCAACAAAAGUCAAUCACUAAAUUAUCUUUAGCAUCGUGCCAAUUUAUUUAAGCUCGUAUUCAUUAAUUAUUUAAUUAUAACUAUUGUUAUUAUUAUUAUUAUUAUUAAUUAUAAUUACGUUUAAGUAGAAUUUAAUUCCGAAGACAAUUAUCGCAAUGAUGAUUGAAAUAGAUCUGUUACAAUGCUCAAAAUUUCAAUAUACUCAUUUUAUAUUAAUACUCAAUACGUCCAUUAAAGGGAUUCUCAAAAUGUGCCCCCAGUUUUUAAAAAUUUUCAAUGACUCAAAUGUCAUUGUAUUCAAAUUUUAUUAAUUAAUGAAAAAAAAUUAAAAUCUUAAUUGCAAAGAGGACAAUUUCGCCGAGAUAUAGAAUUUGAAAAAAAUUACUUAUAGUUGACAUCAAUUAGAAGUAAAACGAAAUUUGGAAAAUAAAUUUCAGUAAAAUUUUUAUGCCAAUUUUAUAAUUCAAAUUUUCAAAUUUUGUAGGCUAAAAUAAUGUAUAGAUAUACCAGCGAUAAUAAUUUAAAUUUGGAUUAAAAAUAAACCCGGUUUAAAAAACUGGCGCUUAAUUUUAAGAAUUAAAAAAAAAUUACAGUUAUCAAUUAGGAGUUAAAAAAACUUUUUUGAAUAAUUUUUAGCCUAUAAAAUUUGAAAAUUCGAAUUGUAAAAUUAACGUGAAAAUUUUAUGAAAAUCUAUUUUCUAAAUUUCAGUUAACGGGGAUUCUACGGUUUCCUCAACGAAAUAAGACUUUUUGAAAGAUUUAAAUUUUUUGAUAUCUCGCUUAGGUUUCGAGAAAAAUGUGAUUUUUUAAAAAAAGUGAAAAAUUUCAUAGAUUUUAAUAUCUUCAUUUUUUUUGUAUUUUUUUCCGAAAAGUACAUUUAACGAUAAAAAUUUUGAAAAAAGAAAUGUCUGAAUUAGUCCAUUUUUGAAAAAGGUACUGCUAUUUGAAAAAAGUCUUAUUUCCUCAAGUUCUACAAGAAUUCGCGGUCAUUUGACGGCGCCACAAAAACCGUAGACUUCCCUCAAUGCUUUAAUUUUUUUUUAAUUAAUUGAUAAAAUUUUGCAACACUUAUGACCAGUCAUUAAAAAUUUUUAAAAAGCGGACACUGUCUGAGAAUGGCCUUAAAUAAUUUUUCGAAAAUAAUUUUUUUCGGAAAUUUUUCAUCAAAAGUAAUCUCGUUCCUUAAACAAUUUUUUUUAACGAACAAAAAACAAGACUUGAUACUAUGAAUCUUUUUUUUAUACUAAUCCAAUAUUAAGACUAAGACUUUGAAUUUUUUUAUAGACUUUUUUUUUAAAAUAAUUAAAUAUAAAAAAUGAAAAUACGUGCUGCUGUAUUAUUCAGGUAACAAUUGUAUAUAAGUGCAGCUUUUGCUAUGUAUUAUAAUAUUUUUUUAAAUAACAUAUGUAAAUAUAUGAAAAAGAAAUCGUUCAAUUUAGGUAAGAUGUUAAACUGAACAAAAGUAAUAAUUAAUUAAUUAAAUAAAUUAAUUAUCCUGAACAAAAGUAAUAAUUAUUGUAAUAAAGAGUAAAAAAAUUAAAAACGCAGUUAUGUUUGUGAAUGUGAAUCUUUAAAAAAAAAUCGUCCAAGGAAAAAAAUUGUCGAGCUUUUAUAUAUAUAUAUUUGUGUGUGUGUGUUUUGUAUGCAAGUAUGUGCUUUUUAAAAUGGUUUUAAAUGUUUAAACAAUCAAAAGAAAUUUAUAAUUAUGGUUUGACAAAAAAAGAGAUCUAAAUAAAUUAGAGUACGCUGUGUAUUUAUGUUGUCAUACAUUAUACACGAGAUGUCAUAUUAUAUACGUAACAUUGUGUAAAAUUAUAAGCAUUAUAUUCUUUAUAUUAUAAUGAAAAUAAAAUGAAACAAUCAUA